AUGACUACCCUGUGUGGGCAGGAAGAGGAGGAUUUCCAGGGAAAUGUGUCCUAUGGCUGGGGAGAAUGGGGUUUAUGGGAUGCUGUGGUGGCUUUGGAAAAGUCCCCACUCCCAGCUUCCCCAGGUGAAUGUGUGCGAUUAACCGGUAACUGGGCACUCACCGUGGCAGCCGCAGUGCCCUGGCUGGGCACCCGCAAGGAUCUGGGCUCGCUGCCCACGCGGGCUGAUGAAGCAGUAGAAGGUGAGGAGGCCCUGAUGUAUAUGACAAAAUGCUGCAAGGAGCUGUCAGUGAACAUGUGUGCCCACGCCAUCUUCUUCUGCAAACUUCUCCAUGACCUCAGGCAAAGUGGGACUGAGAACGGUUUGUUGACGUCCUUGAGGGACAGCCACAGCCUGAAGGUUGGGUUAGUCAGCAGAGGCCACCUUGGGAAGCAGCUGGCCCAAGCGCUGAGCUUGUUUCCAUGCCCCAGUAUCAGGCACCCUGAGAGCCUGGCAGACCUGCAGAAGCAGGGGCUCACGCGCUUUUAUGACAACACUGAGCUGGUGGCCUGAGCGGACAUUAUAUUCCUCUGCUGCCUCCCGUCGCACGUGCCAUCCAUCUGCUCUGUCGUGCCACCUGCCAUCCAGAAACCCCGAGUUGUGUACAGCCUUGCCGCCGCCGUCCCUCUCCUCAGGUUGAAGCAGCCUCGCUGCUGCAGUGCCAUCGUGAGGCCGCAGUACCCGAGCUCUGGCCAGGAGCCCAUCGAUGAGGGGGGGCGAAGGGGACAGACCCCCUCGGUGCUGCGAGAGCCUAGUGCUGUGCAGGGAACGUCUCCCCGCAGUUCCCGAGGGAAAAUGGGAGUCAAUGCUGAAUGGCUGGUGGCCGUUUUCUACGCAGCCCAGCAGAGCCUGCCUCAUCAGAAGGCACUGAAAUUACUCAACAACCUCUGUUUUCCUGAAUGCUGCCCCAUCUGUGCAGAGCAGAAAAUUUCCUGCCCACAGUUUCUGUACAAGAGUUUUGUCAGCAAAGCUUUUGCCUCUUCGGUGACUCAAGAGGAAACUUUCCCCUGGUUUGAUCUGACAGCUGCAUAACUAGAGUCUCCCUUUAGCCAGCUGCUGAAGAGUGAGAUUGUCCAGUGCCAUCUUGCUCUACUAUACCAGGCAUCCUUUGGAGACUGGCCUACAAAGCAAUGUGGGCUGAUCAGCAUCAAGACAUCUCUUACCUCAGCUGUAGUGGAGUCUGUGACAUUGGAUGACAAACCUCCAUUCUCCACAGCUGCUUCCAACAUUUUCUCAGAAAUUCCAGAGGAAACUACUGACUACGAUUCAAAAUCCUCAUAG